CAAGCCAUGAAACGACAAGUAAGAGAGUUGAGAAGCAGCCUCUGUCCUAAAUAAGUGCGUCUGUCAGGAGGAGGCUGCAGAUUAGUGACGUGAUGUUGCUCCUCCGGGCCGCUGGGGGCAGCAGCGCCGCAGCUUCACUCUGCAGAAUCAGUGCCGAGCUGCUCGAGCCAGCAGAGAAACUUCUGAUGAGAAGAUUCACAAACACACUCUAACUUUUAAACUCUUGCGUGAACCGGUGUGAACAUGUGGUCGGAGCGCACGUGAGCUCCGUUUGCGCAUCUGAAAACAUCGCGAUGUUUCCGGUUGUUCAGGUGAUCCAGGAGCAGGAGGAGAGGAGGAGGGAGGUGGGCUGCCAGUGGGAGAGUCCAGAGGAGGAGAGGAGGGAGGUGGGCUGCCAGAGCGAGUCAGCAGAGAGGAGAGACGCCGCCGUCCAGGUGGACCUGCUGAGCCAGCAGCUCAGCUGGAGACACUCAGGUGAGACGCUCCUGAACGCACCGCUGUCAGCUGACCACAAUCUGUCAGUAAGAAAUACUCACCUGUCUGUGUGUCCAGGUGUGUGCGGCGUGGCCUGGCAGUGUGUCUCUGUCAGAGCGGAUGAACCAGGAGGGGGCGCUCUGCUGCAGCACUGCAGCUCACACAGGCCGGACGCUCACCACGGCGCCCCCCUCUACCUGCUCUGCUCCCACCACGGACACACGCCGCUACCCACAAUGCCUCAGUACGGACCACCUGCGCCUCCGGACCUCCUACAGACCGCCUCGCCACCCAGCAUGCCUCUGUGCGGCGUGUCCCCCAGUGCAGGCAGCUGUGAAGCUCCUCCCCCUGGACUCAUCGCUCCUCUGAGCGAGGAGGAUGAGGAGGAGGAGGAAGGCUCGUUCAAACAUGAGAAGAAUGAGCGUCUCCGUGGUAACAGACGGCCCACAAUAACGACGGACGGGCAGAAGAAGAAGAGGAGGACCAAACACAUCGCAGGAAGAGUCCAGCCCAGGAGGAAGAGUCCCGGCAGCACCGCCCGCCGACAGAGGGAGAUGGACGAUAAAUCGCAGCCUGACCGUCGUCAGGCUGUCGUCCAAUCAGAAGGCAUACCUUCAAAAGGCAACCGCAAGACGCAACGAGGAGAGACACGAAUCCAACGCACCCAGAAAAUGAUUGUGAAGAAGAAGAAGGAGGAAGGAGGAAAGAAGGGGAGGUGUAAGCAGGAGCAGAGGGAGGACGAGUCAACGGUGGAGGAACGAGUCAGACCUGUGAAGAGGGACGUGGCGGUUAGGCCGAGGAGGAAGGCGGUCGGUCCACCCAUCAGAUACCUCAUCGAGUUCGAGGAGCGGUCACGUGGCCCGUUGGCGACCAAUCACAGCAAAGCAAUGGGAGCCAAAGCUGAAAGGAAGCUGAGGUUGGAGCAUCAAGAGGACGAGGACGAGGAGACGAGAGAUGGGGUGGAGCGAACAGAGCCGACAGACAGCAGCAGGGUGGAGUCCCCUCAGGACGGAGGAGGCGGAGGGUGGCAGCUCUGUCAGGUGUGUGGUCUGACCUUUACCUGUCGGUCGGCGCUGCAGCUCCACCUGUCUGUCCACAGAGCAGGACGCCACCUCAGCUGCCAACCCUGCAACAAGAAGUUCAGCUGCGCCAGCACCCUGCAUCUGCACCAUCGCCGCCAUCACCAUGAAGGUUGGGCGGCAUCCGGUUGCACCCGAGCAGCUGAUGACAAACAGGAAGAUGAGGUCCUUCCACGUCCCAGCAAGGCUCAUGAUUGGUCAAGAUGCAGAAAGCGUGCGCGAAGAAAUCCCUGGUGGUGGGUCGACUACCAGACCACCAUAAGGAGGAGACAGCAGGAGCGAGAUGGAGCAAGGGGGAGGAAGAGGUGUAGAGAAGAGGUGGAGGUGGUGAAACGAGUCUGUCUGAAGGAGGAGGGAGGAGGAGAGGAAGGACAAGUAAAGGAGAACAAGGUGGAGGUGACACAAGUCUGUCUGAAGGAGGAGGGAGGAGGAGAGGAUGGACAAAAGGAGGUGGUGGAGCAACCUCAGAGGCUGAGGAGGAUGAUGGUAGGCCCACCAAUCAGAUAUCUCCUGGAGUCAGAGGGACAGUCACAUGGUCCAGGAACAGCCAAUCAGGACAGAGGGUGGGAAUUUAAACAUGGAAAUAAACCACAGAACAAGAGCGAAGCUGGGGGCGGAGCUUCAAAUGACGCGUCAAUGAUUGACAGGUCUGAGGAAACAGUACAGACAGACAGGCAGGCAGGUCGGACCAAUCAGGACACAGCGAACAGAAACAAACAAAGAGGAAGACCAAAAAAGGUCAAGUUUGACAGUGAGGCUGGGGGCGGGGCUUCAGAGGUGGCUGAAAGGUCAGGGGCUGCAGAGAGACAGAUGGGUCAGACGGUCUCAGAGACACAGACGGGUCAGACAGUCACAGAAAGACAGACGGGUCAGACGGUCACAAUGACACAGACGGGUCAGACGGUGUCAGAGACACAUACGGGUCAGAUGGUCACAAUGACACAGACGGGUCAGACGGUCUCAGAGACACAGACGGGUCAGACGGUGUCAGAGACACAGACGGGUCAGACUGUCUCAGAGACACAGACGGGUCAGACGGUGUCAGUGACACAGACGGUCGCAGAGACACAGACGGGUCAGACAGUCACAGAAAGACAGACGGGUCAGACGGUCACAAUGACACAGACAGGUCAGAUGAUGUCAGAGACACAGACGGGUCAGACAGUCACAAUGACACAGACAGGUCAGACGGUGUCAGAGACACAGACGGGUCAGACGGUCACAAUGACACAGACGGUCAGACGGUGUCAGAGACACAGACGGGUCAGACGGUCACAAUGACACAGACGGUCUCAGAGACACAGACGGUCUCAGAGACACAGACGGGUCAGAUGGUCUCAGAGACACAGACGGUCACAAUGACACAGACGGGUCAGACGGUCUCAGAGACACAGACGGUCUCAGAGACACAGACGGG